AUGUCUCUGUCCGUCAAGUCGCUGAACGGUGACACGAGCUUCCUCCUCGUCUUCAGCCCUCCCGUCGCCCCACUCUCUUCCCCCGGCCUCUUCCCGGGCUCCUUCACCAUUCUGCUCGAUCCAUGGUUGGUCGGCCCGUCAAUCAUCCUGAAUUCCAUCUUCUCCAUCUCGGAGCAGAAAGCACAACCAUGCAUUUCCCAUCUCAAGGAGCUCGACCAUGAACCAGACCUGAUCCUCAUCUCCCAACACAAGCCAGAUCACUGCCACGAGGAAACUCUCCGCCAAUUGCCACCAGACUGCGAGUCGACCAUCCUCGCCAUACCGCCUGCAGCCAAGAAGAUUCGGUCAUGGAAGCACUUCCGCCCUGAACUGGUACACGCUUUGCCAAAGUACGUAGAGGGAGAUGCACAGUCCAUCUAUCGCAUCGUACUGCCACCACCAACGCCACGAGGAUCAUGCGGUCAAGUCACAGUGACAUGGAUGCCCGCAAAACGAGACAUUGCUGGAGUACACCAUGCGAUUGGCAUCACCUACCGCCCUCCAUGCACGGUGCUCUCGUUGGGAAACUCGGCACAUUAUCUCGACCUGCCCAUGAGCCCGCCCGCAUCUCCAGGAUCACCCAUGACGAUAGCCUCUUCCCCUCGCACCAUUGUGCCUGCCCCCUAUAACGACCGCGAAAAGACCCUGUCCGUGAUUUACUCGCCACAUGGCGUUUCGUACGACAUCAUUCGUCCAUACGCAACCUCGCAUCUUGUGUCCGAGGCAGCUCUCCCCUUGACCGCGUUGCUACAUUCCUUCGACUGCGUCGAAAACCCUUGGUGGCUUGGCGGAAACAUAUCUGCUGGAUCGCCUGGAGGCCUAGAGAUCGCCUACAACCUGUAUGCUAAAGCGUGGAUCUCUGCCCACGACGCGGAAAAAGACAACCGUGGAUGGGCGGUGAUGCAAACUCGCAUCGGGCAGCACGCCGUCGACGAGGUCAAGGAAAUGCUGCAACAAGGACAUGGCAGUAAAAGCAAGAAUACUAUGAAGACAGUGGUGGUUAGCCUAGCUUCAGGUGAACAGCACCGAAUUGAACGAGGGUGA